AUGGCAGAUGAGGGCGGCUUGGUCAGACGAGGCGUCGAACCAUCAUCGCUGCAUCGACCACCAGGACGACCACCUGCGCGCUUCAGGAUCAAGGAUGUUACAGCGGAAGUAAUACGCGAUUACCAGCAUUAUGAUCCAGGAGAUGAGCUUGAUGUAUCGGAUCAGUCCGAUGCUCAGCAAGCGAAUGCCACUAACGACGUAUCGCCGUCUACGGUGCACAGUCAGGGUACACCAUAUCAAGAACGCUUAUGCUGGCAGCACAAUACAUCUUUCCCAACAGCAGAAGCCAACAUCGCCCGUCUUCAGUCCACCGAUUACGUUUCCUUACCUACUCCAGGAGAUCUUGAGUCCAUCUGGCACAGUCCUGUCGCCACGACGUAUCUAGACGACAGCGUCUUCCUUCCAGGUUCAGCAUACCUUGAUGCGCACUCUACAUUCCGAAGCCACCUAAUUCAAGAAGUGAGAUCCAACGUACCGACCCGGCAAGUGACACCCGAUCCCACUCGUAUUGAUCAUGUAUGGGGACAAGUGCAAGCCUCCUACACGCCAUCCCCCCAAACCCAUGGCACAGAAAUCCCUCCCCGCAUUGAUCCAGUCGACGAAUCAGAUUCCACAAACCUCCCAGCACCCCAGCUAUCAGAAGAAGAAGAAUUUGUAUUAUGGAAGAACUGGUUCGAUGAGGUAGCACCCUGGAUCGAUAAAUUCGACAACGAUCGCCACUUCCGGCAUACACUACCCGUCAUAGCGCGUUCUCAUGACCACCUACGAUACUCCAUACUCGCGUUGUCCGCACGCCAAAUGGAGCGUAAGAACAACAGUAAACACACGGAGCGCAGCCUAUCUCUAUACCAAACAGCCAUUCAACUCGUCUUACCCCAGCUACACACGCGCAGUACGCCCGUGAUAGCAUCAUGCGUCGUACUCUGCGUACUGGAAAUGUUAAGCAGCUCGGCGAAAGCAUGGCACCAGCAUCUCGACGGCUGCGCGCAUUUGUUGGAAGCUGUGGGGAUUAACGGCUUCUCAGGUGGUGUCGAUCAAGCGCUGUUUUGGUGCUUUGCUCGCAUGGAUGUGUGUGGUGGGCUCAUUGCGAGCUCUAAAACGCUUAUACCGGUGGAGCACUGGGCUCAUGGUAUGGAUCUUGAUGCUGAUGUGGGGCGAUUCCGAGCGGAUGGCGGGUAUAACGCUCAUGCAUGCGAAGCGGUGUAUCUCUGCGCUCAAAUACUCGAUUUGCUGUCUUUCCAUUCAAAUCUGGCUGGACGUGUUGGUGCUACACCCCCGACGUCUGCAGAUACAGAUGAAGCGUACGCAGCGAGGUGGAUGAGACUCUGGUACCACUUAUCCGCAUGGUACACCACACGCCCUCCAGAAAUGCUUCCCAUAUCAUCCUUCACCACUUCCGCCUCACCAUUUCCCAAAAUCCUAUACAGCAACCCCGCUGCCAUGUCAGGCAACCAACUACAUCACACCGCGUGUAUCUUACUGCUACGACACAAACCUUCCGGUGUCACCGUCUCCCCCAAACCCAACUCAAUCUUCUGGCAUGCGCGCCAGAUCUGUGGGAUUUCGACUAGUAAUGAUGACCAUGCUGCUUGGACCAAUGCGAUACAGCCAUUGUGGAUUGCAGGGCAGUGGAUGAGUCAUGAGAGUGAGCAAAAGGCGAUUUUGCAAUUGCUAGAGAAGAUUGAAAAGCAGUCUGGGUGGAGUACGAAAUGGAGGGCCGAGGACUUGAGGGAGUUUUGGGGUUGA